AUGUCUUCAGCUGCAUUUUCUAAACAAAAUUCAUCUCCUGGUCCAACACGUCGUGCUCGAACAAGAAAUGAAAAUAAUGAGAAUAAUCCACAACAUAAUGCUAAUCGUCGUAGUUUGAGUGGUAAAUUUCGAAGUUUAUUUCGAAAAAAUUCUGCAUCACCUAAUCGUACGAUGAAUAAUACUGAACGCACACCAACUGCAUCAUCAGCGCGUCAACAAUCUCUAUCACCAGAAACACAACCAGCAGCUACGGAAGCACCUCAUUUACGAGCACCUCUUGUUAGUUGGCCGUUUGGAAAGAAAAAAUCAAAAUCGCCAGCAACACAAAAUGGAAAAACGAAAACAAAAGGUAAUCGUAAAACUAAAAGAACAACAGCAGCACCGUUGGAAAUCUCCGGUCCCAUCUAUCUACAAGAACAUCAAACAUCAAUACAUGGUCAAAAUUUUGUCCCAAGAACACCAGAAAUUUCACAUGGUAAUACUGGAAGAACUCAUUCAUUAACAAAUUACGAAACAACAACAAAAGGUUUUCGUGAUUAUAUGGUUAUUGAUAAUACAAAACCAUCUCAACAGGUAAAGUUAUCAGUUGAUAAACUGGUAAUGAUAUCUAAUCGGGAUACUAUUACACCACCACCAUAUCCAUUGAAUCGUAGUCGUUCACCAUCAAUGAAUCAUCAUCGUUUACCUGAUACAAAUAUUGAAUAUUCUUAUCAUAAUGAUAUUUCAUCAUCACCACCAUUAUCAGAUACUGAAGUCUUUCAUACACCAAAAUAUCGACGUAAAAUCGAUGAUGCUCCAUCCUUAACACCUAUUCAAAACUUAGUCGAAAAAAGUCCAUUACGUCCUCAAACUACAAAUUAUUCUCCACCAAAACAACAGCAUAAAGUAGAUGAGACUCAUUCAUUUACAACUGCUCGAAUUUUAGUCGACAGCAUUCCAAUAAUUUCUCCACCGAUAACACAAUCACCAAAAUCAACUAUCAAUUCUAAUCAAUGGAAGAGUUUAUCAUCGUCGUCUCUCACUAAUACUGAAAUGCGUUCAACAGCAUCAUCAAUGGAUGUUGAUGUUCCAAAAUUAAAUGCACCUUUUAUACCACUUGGUCAUAUAUCAAAUACAGAAAAAUCAAAACGAACUAAUUCUCAUUCUCAUCUUGAUGAAACAUAUAAUUCAUUGUCAACUGUUAGUAAUUCUGUUCAACCAAGUCGAUCAUAUACAAAUACAUAUGUUCCAUUACCUGAUGCAAAAAUUAUGCAUAGUAAUAGUUUAACUUCAUUACAACCAGCAACAACGAAUAUUCCUAAAUAUCCUGGAUUAAGUGCCAUUAUUCAUUAUCAUAUAAGACCAACUUCUGUUCAUUAUAAUGAAUAUCCAACAGUGAAAACAAGUCCUAAACGAAUACAACGUUUUGAUGCAUCAACUACAACAUUAAAUGAUUAUGAUCAAGAACAACAAUGGUCUAAUAUGUUCAACAGUGGUUCACCAUCAUCACAUUCUCCUAUUCAUCAUCAUGAUGGUUAUAUUCGACCUUUAACUCCUCAAAAACCCUCAUUACAAACAGAUACCAAUGGUAUUCGUGUUGAUAUUGAUGAUGCACAUGAUAGAAUACCUUCGACACCAUCUCGAACAUCAUAUUGUGAUUCUUCUGAAAUUCCAAUAAUUUAUCGUAGUUCAACAACAGUUUAUACCAAAGAUAAGCAUAGUUAUAUUGAUGGUGGAGAACUUCGAACAUGGAGUAUUCAAGGUACACAGGAUGAUCAUGAUAUUGAUCUACCGAAGAUUACAAAUGAAUAUCAAUAUAAUUCAAGAAUUCCUGAACAAGAAAGAAAACAUAAUGAUAUGCAAGAAGAACACUAUGUAGUUUCAUAUGAAUAUCAACGACAAUCUCCACAUGAUGAACAACACUAUUCCAAUAAUCGAUACUCUCAUAAUUUCAAUGAUGAUGAUAUAAAUUCAAAUUUUACACGACCAUCAACUGUAAUUGAACGAGAAAAAAUCUACGAUCAAUCAGCUCGUUCAUAUCAAACUACGGAAUCUAGACAGGGAAAAACAGAAUGUUGUUUUAUAUUAUUUUUAGAAUCUAUUCAUGCGAAAACUCCUGUUGAAAAUUCCGAAGCAUCACUUCGACAUUACAUAUUAAAACGUUCGAAUUCUUAUGAUGGUCUUGGAAUUUUAAUAUCUGCUGAUAAUAAAACAGGUUUAAAUCCUCGUAUUCGUGAUAUUGAACCUGGAUCUCCAGCUUAUCAAAUUGGUUUACGUAAAGAUGAUCGUAUUAUUUAUAUUAAUGGUACUAAUGUUGAGAAUCUUGAAUUUAGUGAGGUUCUCAUACUUAUACAACAAGGUUUAAAUAAUAAUAAUCUACAAUUUUCAGUUAUGAAUGAAUCCAUACUUUUUUGA